CACUCGGGUUUCGAAGAUGAGCCUUGUGUAUUUCUUUGAUUAUGCCACGGUUGAUGCCUCUACAGUUAUUGGUUGGGGUGUCAUGUCUUCCAUUUUUUUCAGCUCUAUUGCUGGAGCUGGUUUUCUAGUCUAUUUAGUUGAAAGGGCGAAGAAGUGCUUGGAUUUUUGUGCUACCCUUUAUAUCGUUCACCUCUUCAUUUGCACUAUAUAUGGAGGUUGGCCAGCAUCUAUAACAUGGUGGGUUGUUAACCUUACUGGUCUUGCAGUAAUGGCGUUAUUAGGUGAAUAUCUGUGCAUGAGACGUGAAAUGCGAGAAAUUCCUAUAUCAAGACUUCGGUCAAGUGCUUGAUGAACGAGAGGCACGAGUCUUAUGAAGCUGCUGCUCAUGAGAAGGCAAUUAACGUUCGUAUGGAUGGGACAUAUUCAUUAAGAGCAACUUUUUUCCGGCAGAAGUUAUGAAGGUUAAUGCAUGUUAUAGUGAGGCCUAGUGCAUCUGGGCUUCAGGUAUACUGAAACGGCUGAAAGUUGGUCUUGACUCUUGGGACGAGGACGGUCUUCCCUGGCUAUUUGAAAUGUAGGGUCGUGUUUGGUUCGGUUCUAUAUCUGAUUAACCUGUGUGUUUUCUUCA